AGGGCGGGGCCGGUGCCGAGUGGCAAAGUCAGAAGACCUGCUAAGAUGCUGCUGGAUUUGUCCGAGGAGCACAAGGAGCACUUGGCCUUCCUGCCGCAAGUGGACAGCACGGUGGUCGCCGAGUUCGGGAGGAUCGCCGUGGAGUUCCUCAGACGGGGAUCAAACCCAAAGAUCUACGAAGGCGCCGCCAGAAAACUCAAUGUGAGUAGUGACACUAUCCAGCAUGGUGUGGAAGGAUUAACAUAUCUCCUCACCGAGAGCUCAAAACUCAUGAUUUCUGAACUGGAUUUUCAAGACUCUGUUUUUGUUCUGGGAUUCUCUGAAGAACUGAACAAACUAUUGCUUCAGCUCUACCUGGACAACAGAAAGGAGGUCAGAACUAUUCUGAAUGAGUUAGCACCUCGUUUUCCCAGUUACCAUAGUCUUGAGUGGCGGCUAGAUGUACAGCUGGCAAGCAGAAGUCUCCGGCAACAGAUUAAACCAGCAGUGACGAUAAAGCUGCGUCUCGAUCAGAACGGCGACCACAGCACCCAUUUUUUGCAGACAGACCCAGCUACCCUGCUUCAUUUGGUUCAGCAGCUGGAGCAAGCGUUAGAGGAAAUGAAAACAAACUAUUGCAGGAGAGUAGUCCGCAGCAUCAAGUAGCUCUGAGGUUCAAUUCCUUCCGGUUGGCAACACAGGAGUGGCAGUGGUACAUCUGGAUGUCAUGGAGUUUCUGUUCCUGCUCAGGAUGUUGAAAUCUUGAUCAGAAGCUGAACUAGAGUUCCUUUUUGGUGCUAAAUGCCAUCAGCUUCUUGACAGAUUGAAAAGCAUUUUGUAUUUUAAGUGUGUAAAUAGGAUGGACCAACUAAAAUGAAUCAAUACAGUCUGUGUUUUCUGUUUCCAUGCGACUCUUCUGACUUGGGUAUUUUUUAUCUGCUUUAUUUCCUUUGUCCUCGGUCAAAAUUUGAAAAUAAAAUUCACUGUUAACUACUUAGAACUA